AAGAGAAGCCAACUACCCAAGCCUUUCCCGGGCUGCCUCGAGAAAGCAGAACUCGCAAGCUUGCCCGGCAAAACAAAGCGCGAAACCAGUAAGCCCUAAUUCGGUUUCGUUUUCUUCAAAAAUGGGGGGAGAAUCGCAUCCUGGACAAGAAGAUGGAAGAGACUCCUCCCUUAAAAAGGGAAAAGUAAACCAUUUUUUUAAUGCAGCGACUCUUGCUGAAAUUUCAAGAGACGGAGUUGGCAGAUUGUUGAGGCAAACCAGUGCUCGAAGAGGGGCUAAGAGAGCGGACAAUGAUUCAAGUGAAUGUGCACCCAUUGAUCAGUUGAGAAACAAGCUUAAGGCCGAAGCCCUUGAAACCCAUUCGGAAGGUCAACAAAGUUUGACUGAUGAUGUUGGGGGUGUUUUUGGAGGACGAUUAGUUGGUGAAGGAAAUCAAGAAAGAGAAAUCAGUCAAGGGGAUUUCAACUCAAAGUGUGAAGUUCAUGAAGGUUUAGACUGGGAGGAUGGAAAUAUUUCCUUUUCCAAUACGGAAGUUCCUUGUAUUCCUGAAACUUUAGAGCAGGAGGUGAUUGUUGAAUUUAGUGGUACCCCAUCUUCUGCAAAAAGGCAAAAUGUUCGUAGAAUUUCUGCGAUAGAUAAGGAACUAGUCGAGCUUGUACACAAGGUUCAUUUGCUAUGUUUACUUGCAAGGGGAAGGUUAGUUGAUGCUGCUUGUGAUGAUCCUCUAAUUCAGGCUUCUUUGCUCUCUCUCCUACCUCCCCAUUUACUGAAAAUUUCUGAGGUCCAAAAGCUAACUGCAGACCUAUUGGUUCCACUUGUUGAAUGGUUUCGUGCGAAUUUUCAUGUCCGAAACGAAUCCAUCGAGAAGAUGCCCUUCAAGGAAAGUCUGGCAGCUGCCAUUGAGACGCGUGAAGGAACCCCUGAGGAGGUUGCUGCAUUAUCUGUGGCUUUAUUCAGAGCUCUCAAUUUGUCAACUAGGUUUUUGGCCAUGUUGGAUGUGACUUCCCUUAAACCUGAUGCUGAUCAGGCUGUUUAUUCAAGUCCAGAAGCAGACGAUUCAGUAAAGGGGAGGACUUUCAACUCUUCAAGGCCCAUAGCCAACUUGGGAGAUGUCUUUGCCAAGCUUUCUCCACAGGCUUCCUUGCAUAAAAGAAAGCUCAACGAGGACAUUGGUCUUACAAGUCCUCAAAAUGAAGGGAAGCACAUUAAAGAAAAUGAUACAUCCUCUAAGGAUAAAAGAACUGGCUAUAAAUCAAGUGAUGCACAUAGUUGUAACUUGGAAACAAAUCAUUUUAAAGUAUCAAAAAGGAAGGGCGAUGUAGAAUUUGAGUUGCAGAUGGAAAUGGCUCUUUCUGCGACUGCAGCUGGUGUCUUUGAGAGUAAAGUAGAACAAGAAAUGCAACAAAAACCUCAUUCUUCAUCAACCACUAAUUCUAAGCUCAAUAUUAAGGAGAAGAAAUUGAAAAGUGAAGUCAUUAGUGAGAGAAAUUCCUUUGCAGUCUGGUCAAGAAAAAUGGGUCCGCCUUUGUAUUGGGCAGAAGUCUAUUGUAAUGGAGAAACACUGAGUGGUAGAUGGGUGCAUGUUGAUGCUGCAAAUUCAAUUGUUGAUGGCGAGCAUAAAGUAGAAGCUGCAGUUGCUGCAUGUCGAAGAUCGCUGAGAUAUGUAGUUGCAUUUUCUGGAAGGGGUGCAAAAGAUGUAACACGCAGGUAUUGUAUGAGAUGGUACACUAUUGCAUCACAGCGUAUUGAUUCAGAAUGGUGGAGUGCUGUUCUGAGUCCUCUGAAGGAGUUGGAGUCUCGGGCUGGUGGAAGUAAUGUGAUGCAUUUAGAUGUGCCCCUUACUGAUAAUGCUGUAGAAGUGAAGGAAGGGUCGGGGAGAGCAUGUGUUUCUCCCGAAGCUCAUCUGAAGGAAGGAUCGGGGAGAGUAUGUGUUUCUCCUGAAGCUCAUCACAUUGAAGAGAAUUCUGAGGCAUUAAAGGAAAAGACGCCUCAGGAUAUCUUCAGUUCAGCUGAUGGGCUUGGAGCAGGAGUGUCUAGGCAUGCAAGCUCGAGUAUCAAUAUUGAACCUGUUUCAAGGGGUGCUCUUGAGGAUAUGGAGCUUGAAACAAGAGCCUUGACCGAGCCCCUUCCAUCUAAUCAACUGGCAUACAAAAACCAUCCCCUUUACACUAUUGAAAGAUGGCUCACCAGGUAUCAAGUGCUUUACCCAAAGGGUCCUGUACUUGGAUAUUGUUCGGGUCAUCCAGUUUAUCCACGAAUAUGUGUGCAGACACUGCACACUAAAGAGAGAUGGUUAUGCGAAGGCUUGCAAGUUAAAGAAAAUGAAUCUCCUGCAAAGGUGGUCAAGCGCUCUCGGAAAGUUAAUAAAGUGCACACUUCUGAGCAUGGUUCCACUGUGGAUGGUGGUGAAGGGACUAUUGCCCUCUAUGGCAAGUGGCAGACAGAGGUAUUGAAUCUUCCUCCAGCUGUGGAUGGGAUGGUCCCAAAGAAUGAGCGUGGUCAAGUGGAUGUGUGGUCUGAAAAGUGCCUCCCUCCGGGAACAGUGCACUUAAGGUUUCCUAGGCUGGUGCCUGUUGCAAAAAGGCUUGGAGUUGAUUUUGCCCCUGCAAUGGUGGGUUUUGAAUUUCGCAAUGGCUGCUCAAUUCCAGUUUACGAAGGCAUCGUUGCAUGUGCCGAGUUCAAAGAUGCAAUCUUGGAGGCAUAUGCAGAAGUAGAAGAGAGAAGGGAAGAGGAAGAAAAGAAAAGGAUGGAAGCCCAGGCCCUGACUAGAUGGUAUCAGCUUCUAUUCUCUUUCAUAACUAGGCAAAGGUUGAAAAGGUCUUAUGAGACUCCAUCAUCAUCACAAGUCCCCAUUAAUGCCACCAUACCCAAUGUUGGUGAUGAUCCAUGUGCUUCUUCUCAAUCAGAGGCUAAUGCGAUGCAACAUCAUAACCAGCGAGGUGGCCAAAUUGCCAAUGAUUUAGAAGAACACGAGCACUCGUUUCCAUUGGAGAAUGAGAGCUACGAUGGGGAGAGUUGUGUCAGAACUAAACGUUGUGCAUGUGGUUUCUCAAUUCAAGUGGAGGAACUCUAGUAAUUACUCGGCAUUUCAAUACAUUCCUUUGUUUAGGUUAUUUUCCUUUUAAAAAGCCAGCCUGUUUCUAUAAAUAUAAGCAAUUGUGCAGUAGACUGUUUGUGAUUAUGUGAAUCGAGUUUUGGGUAGUUUGCUAGGAUUGAGAACUAGCUGCUUCUAGCAAGUGGUUCAUCAUCAUCUUCGAAGUCUUUUCUCAACUAAUUGUGGUCGGCUAAAUGAAUCCUAGUUUACCAUUAUACCCUAUUGAAGGUUAUACUCUCAGUGAGGUCUAUAGCGAGUGAUUAGAGAAGUUCGAGUGAUCAUUGACUGGGUUCUGUAUCAUUGGGAGUUAUCAUCGCCUCUUGCAGGAAAAAAAUAAAAAUAGGUUUAAAGUGCA